AUGCCAAACGAAUUCAUUCUAUAAUAAACAUCACACCCAGAAAAGAAAUUCAAUUCUAAAACAUUAAUAGGUAAUUGGUAUGAAGAGAGAUGUGAACCAAAAUCAAAAUACUCAACUUUUUAUAAAGAAUAGAAAUUUGAGAAAAAUUAAUAUAAUGUUAGCAAACUUACAUAAGUAUUGUAGUUCAUUAGAAUUAGGAAUCAUUUAUGAAGUGUUCAUAAAAUUGGUUGAACUUCUAAAAAAAUUAAUAAAAUCAUUUCUAAACAACAAAUUAGUAAAUAAAACAGUUAUACAUUUUAUAGAUAAGAAUUUAAGAACCCUAGAGAUCAAUUUAGAACCUCUGAAAUAAAGAAAUUUAUUAUUAAAAAAGGAGUUUUUGAAAAGAAUCCAUAAUAAAUGUCUGACUAUAGAACUAAAUGGACUUCAGCACCUCAUUUCUUUGAUAGAACUUACCUUGGACAAUAAAAGUGA